UCCCCUCUGCUUUCUGUGGAAGCACAUUGUUCAACGCGGGCUCAUUUUACCCAUAACCAAUGAAUGCCUUGGUGCAUUUUAGCCACUGAAAAUUGAACACUUUAUCGGAGAGAAUACGGUGCAGAUAUCCUGAAGACGGCGGGAAGCGGACCAAGAACAUUUUGUUUCCUACUGAUUACAGCUGAGAGGCAACAGAGUUGAAAGAUUUUUUUCUUCUUCCCGGCAGACGAAACGUCGCUUUUGUCGCUAAUUAGACCUCUGCUUGUUCAGUGGUGUCUGUGGUGAGCAGCAGCGGCAAAGAUGACGGAGUACAAGCUGGUGGUGGUGGGAGCUGGAGGCGUGGGCAAGAGUGCACUCACCAUCCAGCUCAUCCAGAACCACUUUGUGGAUGAAUAUGACCCCACCAUAGAGGACUCGUACAGGAAACAGGUUGUGAUUGACGGGGAGACCUGCCUGCUGGACAUCCUGGACACUGCAGGUCAGGAGGAGUACAGCGCCAUGAGGGAUCAGUACAUGAGGACCGGGGAAGGUUUUCUAUGUGUCUUUGCCAUCAACAACACAAAGUCAUUUGAGGACAUUCAUCAGUACAGAGAACAGAUUAAACGUGUAAAGGACUCAGACGAUGUUCCCAUGGUGCUUGUGGGAAACAAAUGUGACCUCCCGGCACGCACAGUGGACACGAGGCAAGCCCAGGAACUCGCCCGCUCUUAUGGCAUCCCUUAUAUUGAGACCUCUGCCAAAACACGACAGGGAGUCGAGGACGCCUUCUACACACUGGUUAGGGAGAUCCGACAGCAUAAGCUGAGGAAGCUGAACCCGCCUGAUGAGAGCGGUCAGGACUGUAUGAGCUGUCGCUGUGUGGUAUCGUGAUGCAGCUUUCCAGCUGACUGUUGCACGUCGAGAAGAAAUGCUACAGAUUGUAGCGGCAGCAUGGACUUAAAGAUAGAACGAUAAAACAACUCAAUGAUGAAAUAUAAACUUUUUUUCAAAAAGAGGAUGAUUGAAGCAAAAGCUCUCAAGGAAACCACCAGAGCUGACUGAACCAUAGACCUUCAUGGAAAGGAGGAUUUGGACUGUUGCCUAAGUGGCUACCAGAACUGGCCUGGUCCAGUCCCUUUUCUUUUUUUGUUUGGUCCACACAUCGACCUGUGAGCAACUCCACUAAUGACUUUAUGUCAACUCAAGUGUGGUCUCGCUGGGUAGUUCAACAAGUUUCCUGCUAACUUAUUGUUUUCAGUCUCAACACUGGUCCUAAAGGGGGUGUCUCUCCCUCCACUCUCCCCACCUUGAAAUCCUAAUUCCACUCCCCCUGCCUGCCCACUGGAAGGACUGACUGACUUAAAUGGAAAGGACUGGAGGAUGUUCAGUUACCCAAACCCUUCUCACAUAAACAACCCCACAUCUAACUCCACCUGUCUUUUGGUUUCCCUGGAAUGGCUGUGUAGUCCCUUCUUUAUUACUGGAUACAGGGGGUGGAGGCUGACAUGGGAAUGACCUUAAUAUGUUGUUUGCCUAGCUGUACAAAAUCUUUGGUUUUGUUUUUGAUAUGGAACAUUUUGUUUGUGAUCGAAGAAGUCACAGCAAUAUGUGAGCGAGGGUGUUUAUUACACAUGGCACCUGGUUUGACAUUUUUCACGACCUGCCCAAUGUAGUUGGAAUUCCUCUCGGGAUAGAAAUGUUGGAUGGAGAAUAUAAAGAUAGAUGAAUUUCCAGAAUGCAGCUGCCUCCUCUCCUUUCAGAUGUUUUCUUUGCUACAGUUAAGAGUUGUCGUUGUGGAAUAAUAAUAGUAAUGGCUAGUGUACGUAGGUUCUGGUGCAAUAGGAUUCUUUACUGUCCAAUUUACACAAAGUAUUGGGAAUAAACCACCUCUCGUUCCUACUUGUUUUACUUUGGAUAAGGAAGGAGGGGUACUGUGCAUGAAAAUGUAGUUGUCUCUCAAGUUGCUAAAGCUGGAGAGGUUGCUUGUAGAGUAUGAGGACACCUCUGCACUUGUGCAAUUAUACAAUGAUAGGUUAUUGUUUUCAACAAAACAACAACCAGUUGAUUUUUCUUGCAUUUCAUUUCAGUAGCUCUAUGCUGUACAACUCUUAUUUGCUACGCAGUGAUAACAGCAUUGCAAGAAUCACUCCAUGUGGAUAUUAAGGCUCAGGAAUCAGGGUCCAGGAAAGUCUCAUGUGACAGUCCUGGACAAUAGGGUUAAGGAUGUCACCAGUUAGCUUUGCAGAGUGUAACGCACAAGUCCUGCCUCAGAGUCGAACUUCAGUUUUUCCACACACCACGCUACCCUCAAACCGCUCCUCUUUUCUCUGCCACCUCAGCUCAACAACGGAACAAUAUCAGUUCAGGUGCUAAUCAUGUCAGAAUCCAUAGUUACUGUAUAUGUGGGACUAUUGUUUGUAAUAGGUGAUGGAUUUUGGGUUAUGGGAGUGAAUCGCUUUUGUUUCUUAAUACUGACUAGCUUGUGCUCUCCACAAUAAUUUGCUGCCUAAAUGAAAAAAGACUGCUCGGUGUUUACGUUGCCUUAUCUGUUAGCUAGACUGUAUGUACCUCACGUAUGCAGCGAGCUCUACCUGAGACGAUUAUGUGUUCUGUUGGCUGCAUUGUUUUGUUUAUGUUUGAUUAUGUGUGCAACUAAAAAAAAAAACAACCUAGAAGUGUGUUGAAUUUAGAUAUGCGCUGUAUAGAAUUUGAAAGACAAGGCAAGCCCCUGAAAACACUACACUGAUUUUUAAAAAAGGGUUCUUUAAUGGCAUUUGCGUCUGAAGAAGACUGAAAAACAGCAGUUUUAAAGCCCAGUAUAAGCCACGUUGUCUUGCUCUCAUGUUGAUAUUAUGUUUCAGUCCCGUUAGAUUGGACCAUGUGGUAGUGAUUACGAGAAAUUGUUACUUUGAGUCCAAAUUAUACUUAAACAGUUCAGAAAAUGUUUCAUGUAUGAUAACGUAUGGAGUCCCAGAUACUACAGGCAGGUUUUAACAAGCUUCAGAUGCAAACCUCAAAGACAUCUUCCAUGAAAGAUAUAAAAUGUUAUUUUGCCAUUUUCUCCUGUGAAGGAAAACCAAAUCUUUAUUUCUGACCUAAUGGAUUUUGUACAGUUGAAAGUUUCACUCAAAACAUGGCUUAAAGAACUGUUUGGAUGAUAGUGGCCAAGUUGUUUUUAUCAGUCAGUCGUUCUUUUUUUCUGCUCAGAGGAAGGAUAUGAACUGUGAAUGUGUUUGAGUCUUUAGAUAUUGUCUGAAAGAAGCCUCGUGUUUAGAUUUUACAACAUUGAAAUCAUUUCAGCGGAUGAUCUUUGGUCCCAUUUUUGGCUGUGUUGUUCCUAACUUUUAUUUUUCACCUAUUGUACUUAAACCUUUAAAAGGAAAAGAAGAGUGUGGCGUUUGUAACCUGCAAUUACAGUCCUGAUCGUACGCUUGUCCUCUCCCCGUCAACCUUUUAAACAGUACAUCCAUGAUAAUAAUACAUAGAAUUCCACAAAUCUGUGUUCAAAUUCCCGUUUCAUUAGAAUAUUGGCGUCAUGUUGCCACAGGGACACUCCAGCCAGCAAAACCACAAGUAUACACGUCAGAAAACCUGGUGAGCAUGAUAAAGACUGUAUGGACCACUGGGAGUUUUGCACAAGGAUACAGUGGGCUCAAGGGCUUGUUUCUCCCUAGCAAACUGUGGACGAAGGUUUGGAAGGAAUUUGUGAAAAUGUCAACUGUUUAGCUAUUUAAGAUGUAUUUACUCUUUGAAAAUGUGGCAAAUGUAUUGCUGGACAGGAAUAAAGAUGUCAAGAUGAAA